AUGGAGGUGUCCGUCUGCCUUAAGUCUGAGGUGACAGCACCGGCAUGCCAACACACCGAGGUCAACACUGGUAGGAUGAUGGCCGUCAUGGAAGAGUUGGUCAUGAGAUUGCUCCUGCACUGCUGCAGGAGCUGCCCUCCAUCGCUGAGGCACUUGCAGGCAUCCAUCAGCGUCAACAUCUAUGUGAUUCAUGUCCUUUCCUUUUUCCCAGGUUACUGGCUGCCAAGUUACAAAUUAGGCUCAUCCUGGACAACAGGCCUGCACCUAUCAGUGAUGCUUGGUAACCUGGAGAGUAUUGCAGUGCUACUAGAUCAUCAGGCUAAUAUAAACUAUCAGCCAAAUGGGAAAACACCUUUACAUGUUGCCAUUGAUGUGAAAAACAGGGACUGUGUUAGUGCAUUGCUACAUCAUGGAGCUAAAGUAAACUCUUUUUCACUGAGUGGACACGCACCAUUACAUUUAUGCAGAACUAAGGAGUCAAUUUCCUGUGCAAGACUACUAAUCUGGAAUGGUGCAGACCUGAAUCUACAGGCUAACCACGAUUAUAAAGAUACACCACUGCACACGGCUGCACGUUUUGGUGUACCUGAACUUGUGGCACUUUAUGUCGAACAUGGAGCAGGUAUUGACAGUGUUAAUGUCUAUUUGGAAACACCACUUAUUACAGCAGUUUACUGGGCCCUAAACAUGAAAGAACAGCAAUAUAGUACAGACCAUCAUCUGAUCUGUCGAAUGCUUAUAGACUAUGGAGCUUCUGUAAAUGCUCGAGAUCGGGAUUUCAAAUCUCCACUUCAUAAAGCUGCGUGGAAUUGUGACCACUUGCUUCUACAAAUGCUAUUAGAAUCAGGUGCUCGGGCUGGUUCAAUGGAUGUCAAUGGCUGUGCCUCUCUACAGUAUCUUCUGAAGGUUACACCAGUACGUCCUGCAGCAGAACCAGAGAAAUGUUAUCAACUGUUGCUAAACUAUGGGGCUGCAAGGGUUUACCCUCCACAUUUUCAUAAGGUACUAGAAUCAUGCUGCGCCUGUCCAAAGGCUGUUGAAGUUAUGGUCAAUUCAUAUGAAUCCAUUCAAUCCACCUCGAAAUGGAGACAAGUUAUACCUGAUCAUAUUUUAGAGCAACACUGGGCGUUUUAUAAAUCUCUGUUUGAUGUCUGUGGAGGAUCUCCACGCUCUCUGAUGCACCUGACUAGAUGUGCUAUUCGAGCAGUGUUAUGGAAAAGGUGUUACAAAGCAGUGCCAAAACUUAACCUCCCACUUCGACUUAAAAAAUAUCUUCUAUUAGACCCAGAAGGUGUGUUCUACUGAGUAUCAGAAUAGAUAAAUGAAUUUGUACACACCAUAUGAUUGUAUUCUCCUGAGUUAUAUUGAUCAUUGCACAAAGUUAAUGGCCCGGAUUUUGUAGUCAGCGAUGAAGGAACUGCACGCGCCAUUUAUUAUGCUUACAGCUUUCACAGGCUUAUUGUGGGCUUUUGAACAGCAACUUACAAUUACUAGAGAUCCUUUUCAGCAAGGUGCCCUCUUCAGGAGGUCUGUAGCACAUGUGAUCAGGGAAAACAACAGCACAACUCUUAAGACAAUCAGGUAAAAGAAUCCUCACUGGGUCAUGCAGAGCCCAAACCAGGAAGUACAAAUUAGAAUAUUUAAUUCAAUGUAAAAUGAUGUACAGAAAGCAAAACAAACUGAGGGGCAAAAAAGACAGACUUGUAUUUAUAUAGUGAUCUUCACGAUCAUUGGAUAUCUCAAAGCGCUUCACAGCCAAUGAAGC